GUUCCCCAGGUAUUUUUCUUUGUAUAAUUAACUCACUGUCCAUAUUUUGUUGUUUCAAGAAGUCCACAAUCUCCUUGGGUUUAUUUUCUCUCAAUAAAACCAAGUAACAAACACCUUUAUCACUUAGUAAGUCCUUUAAAUUCACUAAUAACCUAUCUAAAAUUGCUCUCCCCAUGUGUCCACCAGCCCAUGCUCUAUUCAAACCACAUCCAUUCAUUUCAAUGUCUUCUGUAACAACAUAUGGAGGGUUAAAUAAAAUAACAUCAAAAGUUUUUGGUUUAAAAUUGCUCAACAAGUCCAUAUUCACAACUUCUAUAUCUGCGUUAUUUAAUUUUGCCGUGUAUUUUGUGGCAUUGCAAGCUUCAAUAUUUAUAUCCGUACUAAAGUAAACACAACUCUUUUUUAGAAUAAAUGAGAGUGACGUUAGCACCACACCACUUCCAGAACCAAUUUCCACCACUGUUAGUGGUUUUAAGUUGUUUAAAUAAGUGGCUUCUUUCUCUAACGCGUCCAGGAAUAAAAACGUGUCCUCUGCUGGUUCAUAGACACUGCAAAACUCUUUAAGAUCAUAUUUUGGGGUUGGUAGGUCCAUAUUACGAUUCUUGGCUCUCUAUUGUGUCAUUUACCAGUACUUUUCUUUGCACUACUUCUUUAUCGAUCGAUGAAUGCACUUUAUUCAGUCUGUCCUGCGCGUUUUGAAGUAUGUUUGAAAGUACUGUUACUCGUUGUUUAGCAUUUAUUAACUUUUUUACGUAUACGUCAAGAUCUAGGGAUGUUUGUUGGCUAUCCGAUAUCUUUUUCAGUUCCUCAGCCAAACUCUCUAUGCACUGCUUCAGUUCCAGUUGCGAUAUUCUAAAAAAUACGCAAAGUUACAAAAUAUUUCAUUGUUUUUAUGGUUGUAGACCUCGUCGCGCGUACUCUUUCAUCCAAUUGGUCCACCGUGGGCUUAAUUAGUCCCAUCAAGCCCUCGGCCAAGGUGUCCCUGGUCGGGUUUUCGCAAAAAUUCUCGGUAUUUUCGUCGAUGGAAGUUGCCGUACUUUCCGAAUCCACGUCCAUCGCAACUUUUUGACAUUCGAAGUGUCAAUGUCAAAAGUCAGUUCAAUCGUGCCACUACCAACAUGACGCUCUUUGUUUAAAAUUUCUAGUGAUUUCUUCGUUAUUCGUUGGAUUUAAAAGCUUUCCGUACGGUAAAUUUAUAUAUUCCCCUAUUUGGAAAUUGUGCAAACCUAACCUUGGUCUAUGUUUUAACUUUUUAAUGUUGGCAAUAAGUGAAAUUUUCUUGACAGUUCUCUGUCAAUAAAUAUUGGGUGUGGAAAUUAAUUGGAAUACACAGUUAAUUAAUACGAGUAAAUAAGUCGAAACAUUUACAAUGGAUAAGUUGUACGGCAAAGAUAUAAGCAUGUACGACGACAUAGACGUGGAGGACUUAUUGGCGAAACUAACAACCGAAGAAAUAAACAUACUAGCGAAGGAGGUGGACCCGGACGACAGUUUUUUACCGCCAUCGCAGAGAUGCAGCUACGAUUGCGACAAGGAACCCACCGGGCCCCUGAACAGAAAAUUGCUCAUCGAAUACAUAAACAAAAAGGCCAUCGAAACGCCCGACCUACCCGAACUGAAACCCUUCGUUGCUGGAACAGUGAGGGGCAAAAAGUGGGUACCCCCCGCACCGCCCGCCAGAGAGCAGGAAGCGGAAGAGAAAAUCGCCGUCGAUUUGGGCGAAGAGUACGAACAAGCUCUGUGCGAAGCCACGCAAGACGAAAUCAUUGAUUUGGCCGCUAUUUUGGGUUUCCACUCGAUGAUGAAUCAGGAUCAGUACCACGCCUCGCUUUUAAACAAAGGCCAGCCCCUCGGGUUGGGUUGGGACGGCAUCACUAAAGCCUCGAAACCUAAAGUGUUCCCGAUGGAGCCCCCAAACAUGACUGACCCGGAAGAAUCCAUCCAAAGCGUUAAAAAGGACGAAAACAAGUACGUCGAGCUCAACUGGAACAACAUUAAAAGCAUUUCCGACGAGAAAUUCGAGAAUUUGUUCACGGCCCUGGGGGAGAAUACGCAUCUGGAGACAAUUAAACUGGCUAAUACAGGUAUGUCGGAUAGGCAUGCCGACAAACUGGCCGAGGCUCUGGAGAAGAACAAGUCGAUGAGGGUUGUGAACGUGGAAACGAACAUGAUCUCCCCUCUGGGAAUUGUGAGGCUCAUAAAGUCGCUGCUCAAAAACAAAUCCGUGGAGGAGUUCAGGGCGGCCAAUCAGCGGUCGCAGGUGUUGGGCAACAAGAUCGAGAUGGAGAUCACGCAGCUGGUCGAGAAGAACGGCAAUCUGGUGAGGCUGGGUUUGCACCUGGAGUACAACGACGCGCGUCAGCGCAUCGCGGCGCAUUUGCAGAAAAACAUCGACCACACUCGCAAAAUGCGAAUGGGGCAGCUUCCUCGCAACCAAAUGUUUCAGACUAUAGAAUAUUUCACGUCAUAGCUUUAUGGUUGGUUACUUGUGCAGUUAUAUAAAAUUUACUUACAAAAUGCUGUGUUUGUUAUAUUCGAUAAAAUCAAGGAUUGGAGAUUACCUCUUACACACCAUUGCAAUCGACUAUUCUAAUCUGAAAUACCUACCUACUACUACUUUUACUACUAUAGUAAACUAUACUUUCUACACGCUAAAAAAAACUACUAUGCAUGAACCUCCUCUACUGUCAACUCGCACCAAAGUUCUUCUGCUGCCAAGAAAUGGUGUACUCAAAAUUCAACACAAAAUUACUAAUUUUAGCGUUUCCUGUGUUAAUUUAUUAAUUUUUUUGUGUAUUUAUUUGUAAAUAAUGCAUUUGGAAAAUUGUAAAAACGACUAGUUUUAAGUAACAUUAUUCUGUUUUUAACUUUAAUUGUUAAUUUCUAAAACGAAUCUACUAAAUGCUACUGACCCUAAUUAAAAC